AUAAUGAGUGAUAACUGUGUUGAGCUCUCGAAUCUCAUAUUAAAAUGGCUUAUUGUAUCUCAAACAGCACCACCAUAUUGUAUGAGAAUAGUAGGAGAAGAAAAAUAAGGCCAUAUAACUUGUUUGGGUGGAACAUAGGCAAGAACAACAAUGAUGAAAUCUCAAAAACUAAGUACCAUGAUAUUGAUCUUCCUUUCUCCCCUUCACUCCUCAACAAAACUUUCUUAAAAGAUAGGGAGCUAAAAUGCUGCUAUAGAGCCUCCAUAGAUGGAUUUAGUGCAAGUGAUUUCCACAAGUAUUGUGAUUUCAAAGGACCAUGUGUGAUAAUUGGGUACACAAACAAGUCCUUCAAAUUUGGUGCCUUUAAUCCAGAGGGAUAUAGAAGCACAGACGAUUACUAUGACUCUUUUGAUGCCUUUCUCUUCUAUUGGAUGGACCAUAUUGUUACUACUAAUAAUGAUGAUGGGCCUAUUGUUCUGCCCAAAGUUGGGGGCAGUGGUGCAGCCCUUUUUGAUUAUGCAAGGGGUGGGCCUCAAUUUGGGGCUGAUGGGCUUCUUAUUGGGCCUCCAUUAGCACCUGUUAUGGGUGGAUUUGCUGGCCCAGAUACUAAUUCGGGUGUGGGUGACCUAAGGCAAGCUAAAUCAAGAUUGGGAUUGUCAUAUGCAAAGAGGGAAGAUGGAAAGGAGUCACUUUUUGGUGAUGAGAACAAGGCCACUAUUGAAGAAGUACAAGUCUUUUGUAGUCCUAAAAUUGCAAGCUUGUACUAAAGGUGAAAUCAUUUUUUUUAAACAAAAAAAAAAUGUAUUAUAUUAUAUAAAAUUAGAUCUCGCUAUCAUUACAAAUAAAGUUGGCCGAUAAUAUUGGAAGAU